AUGAGGCAGAAACUCGUCCCACGUACGGUUCGGAGGCCGAGCCCCACCCCAGCAAUCAGGGUGCGGCUUAGGUCAACUAACACAAAGAAGAUACAGUUCACUCAACGAUUGCCUUUGGGUUCCGAACUCCAUAUGGGGAAGGAGCGUUGUUGUUUGCGAGGUCUCGAUCAUUUACAUGGACCCACUUUUCAUUCCAUUUGUGGGAAUUUGAUGAUCUAUAAACCGAACGAUCGGCUCAUGUUUGAGCAUGAUGAAUCACUUCGUGCCGACCUGUUGCCAAUCAACUUUCCGGCCUCAUAUGAGAAUGGAAAACUAGAGCAUUUUCUGCAUCGGUGGAUGAAGAAUCGCGAACAUAAUAAUUUCUGGUUGACCAUGUUCCCAGAAAAAAGAUACUUUCGAGAAAGGACGAGCACGACUGAAGUGGCUAUACAUACAAAUCUAUUUACGGAUCUAUAUGCUUCGAUUGGAACUGGAAGUUCCAGAACAGGCGGCUGUGGCUGCGGCGCGUUGAGGCACUUCUUCGACGGUCCCCGUACGCCCGGCCUUCCGGCCCGCUCUGAAGAAUUCAUGGGUCGGCAGGCGGGCGAGACAGAAUGGGCCGGCACUACUAACCAAGCCCAGUUCUCGCCGAUAGGCGCUGGUAGCUUGCUUCCAAGCCUUGCCUUAUAUGAUAGUUGUGGCCAUGGCCCAAAGGAGCCUUAA